AUGGCGACUCUACCUGAUGUAGUUUCUGGCAAACUUGCGUUACGAAGUGAUGGUUAUAACCUGCCAAUAUCUAUACUUAACAUUGCAUCUCGACGUAAACUUGCCGACAUGUUAAAUCAAGAACGAGAGCUUGAUGAUAACAUAGAAUUAAUACCAAAUUAUACUGGUCUGGCAGAACUUUUAAACUUUACAUUCCUGGAAAUCAUGGAAUUUGAGAGGACAGACAACUGUACUAAUGCACUUCUCAGCGAAUGGGAGAAACGUAGCAAUCCAUGUAUAGGAGAACUAUGGAGACAUUUAGAAAAACUACAACGCUUAGACGUCAUGGAAGAGAGCAGAAAGUAUAUUAAUGGAGACAUUGAAAGCGAAUUACGACGACGUGAAAAACCGCUACCCUCAUGCGCCAAUAUAGUGGAGUCUGAAGGUGCCCUCCCGGACGACCAGCUGGUGUUGACAAGAGCGGACGCGGAAUAUGGACGUCCUCAGUUCUAUGACGCCUUUGUGUGUUGGAACUCAGAAAGUGUGGCUGAUGCUGAUUUCGUCAAAGAUAUGGCUAGGAAGCUAGAAGAUGUCGGUUUUCGGCUGUGUAUUCCGAAAAGGGACGAUCUGCCAGGACAAGCUCAGUACCAUGCUUACGCAAGUCUCAUCAAAAUACGAUGUCGACUUAUGAUCAUCGUCCUAUCAAUAGAGUACCACCAAAGUGUCGCGUGCGACUUCAUGACGAAGUUUGCGCAUGCUCUUUGUCCAGCAACAAAGGAAAAGAGGUUAGUCCCGAUUCUUAUCAGUAAAAUGGAUAUUCCUGACCUACUUCGUCACGUGACACUCUGUGAUUUCACUAAGGAAGACAUGAUAGACUGGAACUGGAAACGCCUUCUGAAAGCGGUCAAGGAAGCUAGUCCCGAUUGGAACGAAAAUGGGUUCGAGAGAACACCACGUUGUCUGAAUACGCAAAUUGAGGCCAAUAAUAAGAAGAAGAAAAUGAAUUUCUUAAAACUUUUCACUCGAAAACCCAAAAGAGACACGUCAGACGAUCAAUAA